UUCUUCUCUCUCUCUCUCUCUCUCUCUCUCUCUCCCUCCCUCGCCCUCUGUCUUUUCCCUUUCUUUUCUUUUCCCUUCCUUCGUCCCUCCCCCCCAUCCAUCCUUUUCUCCUCCGCACCAUUAAUCCCUCCUAUCCUAUUCCCAACGAAACGAGAAGGGGUAUCCAUUGUCGCCAACCCUCUACCCUCUUUUCACCAGAGUUCUUCCAGCGAAAUAUAUCAGGAGGAGGGUGCUUGCCGGGUGCCGACAAGGACACAUUACAACCAUUCAGUUAAUUGGUCCAUUGCUCGCUGCUACGUACUAAUUGCUCCGCUCAUUCAUUCCGAUCUCCCCUCACUCAUCGCCUCCCCUCUUCUCAUUGUCCCUUCCCGGCCUGCACGACCACCCCCAAUUCCUGAUCCCUUUUUAAGAUAUUACCAAGCUCAAACACGCAAGACAACAAGGUCAUUCGAUGUAUGCACCUCCGUCCGAUGAUGAUCGACCUAGUGGUCGCCAUCACUCGUUGAAAGGUGUCAGUAGAGGUAGAUCGGGGACAGACGCUAGCAAAAAGGGAGAAAAGGGAUCCGCCCUCCGGCGGAAGUCAUCUGCUGCAAGUACCCGGAGACCGGUACUGGGGCGAAAGAAGAGCCCUCCAUCGUGGGGUAUUAAGAAGGACCUCAGCUUGGUUGAUCGCAUUGCGGCAUUUUUUGUUGAGAAUCAAAUAAGUAUGACAACUUCCGUGAAACGCAUAUAUCCCCCUCCUUCUUAUUGAUGCCCCGGGCCAUUGCGGCCGAGAGUCGAGAAGGGAAGAGGGAGAAUGGUUCCUUUCAAGCUUGUGAUGCAGAGUACUGAUAGAACUGGCUACUGUAGGGUUUUCCGCAACUAUCCUGGCCGCGAUGCAUGGUUGUCAUUAUCUCUCCCCACAGCUUCGGCCCACAACCCGGAAGCUGUUAGAAGUCUGCUACUACAACCCCGCCACAGGGAACUAUGGAAAGGGCCCGGAUGACGUAUACCUGGUGUUUUAUUGGAUAGUGAUGUUUACUUUUUUGCGUGCAACCGCCGUAGAUUAUAUCUUCAUGCCGUUUGCAAGAUGCGGCGGGAUAUCAGCCAAAAAAGAUCUUGUCAGAUUUGCGGAGCAAGCCUGGCUUCUUGUCUAUUACUCCGUCUUCUGGACACUAGGAAUGGUAUGUUCUCCUGAUGACUUCAACAUUAGAAGACUUGUUAGCCGGGGAAUCACACUCGUUCAUCCUGCUAAUGUUGAGUAAUCCUGCGUAGUACUUAAUGUACAAUAGUCCCUAUUGGAUGGACCUUGCUCAGAUGUGGGUUGAUUGGCCUGUGCGCGAGCUUGGUGGUACCUUCAAAUGGUAUUACUUGGUUCAGUAUGCAUUCUGGUUGCAGCAAAUUUUCGUCCUAAAUAUUGAGGAGCGGAGAAAGGACUACCAUCAGAUGUUUGCCCAUCAUAUCGUGACUUGCAUGCUGAUAUUUGCGAGUUACACAUACCACAUGACAAGAGUUGGCAACGUCAUCCUUUGUGUUAUGGACGUAGUUGAUAUUCUGCUUCCGGUGAGUUCACUCCCUUACAGCUUCUACAUCUUGGCUAAACCUUUGUGUACAGCUGGCCAAGAUGCUCAAGUACCUGGGUUACAAUGCCAUUUGUGAUUGUGCCUUUGGGGUUUUUCUCAUCACUUGGUUUGUCGGCAGACAUGUCUGCUAUAUGCGCAUUGUCCACUCCUCGUGGGUAGACGCACUCACCCAUAUCCGUGAAGGAUGGUAUGCCCCCAAUGCGACAGAGCCAAUUCUAUACUCGGAGAAGCCACGCCCGAGCACAAGCUUUCUGUUAGGCCAAUUUCUGAAACCUAUGGGAACUGUUGUUUUUACGAAGGAGAUUCUUGGAACAUUCGUUAUUCUUCUACUUGCGCUGCAAGUACUCACGCUCAUGUGGUUCUAUAUGAUUCUACGUGUAGCUUGGAAGGUUAUUAAGGGAGGAGGGGCAGACGAUACCAGGAGUGAUGAUGAGGACGAUGAUGAAGAGGAGGAGGAAGAGGAUAUUGAAUUUGAAGGUUCAAACCCGAAGGCUGUGGAAACUGUUCAGAUGAACGGCACAUCUAUGUCGACAGCCUCCUUUCCAUCUGUUAUCAUGAAUGGGGGUUCUCACCGGCAUCUUUCUUCGCAGCCGUUGGGUGGCGGAUAAAAUCGAUAGGGAAUCCAAGCAAAAAGGAUGGGAGUUUAGUCAAAUUAUUUGCUUUCUUGUUUGUUUGUUUUUGUUUUUUUCCUUCCUUCCUCUUCUUAUUGUCUUUAGGGAUUGUCUUUGCUUUGCGGUUUUGGAAUGCGGAUGUAAAAGUGCGAGCGAGUUUGGGGAGUGAACGAGUUUAAUUUUAACCAACUGUUAUUUUUGUAUUCGUAUUGGAGGGCGGGCUUUCUCUUUCUCUUUCUUUUUUUCCCCGGUAUUCUUCACCUUUCAUCUUAGGGCCGCAUCGUCGCUUCUUUCGCCGCCGGCUAGUUAUAGUGCUUUACUCCUUUCCAAAGCUUUGUUUAAUACCUCUACCCUGCGUUUGUGCCCCUUCCUCCAACUCCAUCAAUCGGGGGGGGGGGUGGGGCUUACGUGCACUCCCUCAAUUCCACUUACUGGCACUUGUUUGCUUUCAUGUUUAUUGCUUUUUUUUUUUUUCCUACACUUGUCCGUCCAACUACAAAAAAAGUUUUCACCUUAACUAAACGGGAUUUUUUUCAUGGGAAUAAAUGUCUUUUCCGCUUUUGUUUCUUUUGCAUACCAUUUCGUUGCCUAUCUUUUUCAAACCGAAAAAUAUAUCCCAUUAAUCCUCCAUUACUCUUGGUUAGAUUUUCUCCUUCUCAUGCACCUGCUUUCUUCCCUCCUUUGCAUCAAUGCCUAUUGCUUUCGUCCUUUUGCUUUUCUGGUGGGCCUUCUCUUUGUUAUUUUUUUCUUUUUCUUGUUCGCUUUUGAGUUGUCAAUACUCUUGUCCUACCUACCUACGGUAGCAUAACUGGCUUGGCAUAUAGUACCGUAGCCCAUAUAGACAGUACUAUUCAAUUUACAGAUGAUAAAGCCCUCUCUGUCCACCCUCCCAGACUUGCCUGUGAUAUUGUAAAUGAAGAUGAAUUAAUUCAUCCAAACCAAGCCCGCAUUUAUACACUUGUGGUACCAUAUGUUAAUUACCACUGACUAGCUAAACCAAACAAGAAAAGUGGAACA